CGUAAGAGAAAUCACUGUUUAGGAAACGUGCACCACUUGAUAAUUGUCAUCAAUGGGAUUGUCCUUGGAUUUUAUCCCAUCUCAGUUCUCUUACAAUAUUGGGUGCUGUUAACAACUUUUCUUCGAAUCUUUUCUUUAAGAACAGAGCAUAAAAGCAUCAUGGAUAUAGCUGUAGAUGUUGUGAUUGUGGGAGCUGGAAUAGCAGGCCUCACAACAUCCUUGGGACUUUACAGGUUGGGAGUUGAGAGCAUAGUCUUGGAAUCAUGGGAUAGUUUGAGAAGCACAGGAUUUGCCUUGACACUUUGGACUAAUGCUUGGAGGGCUUUAGAUGCUGUUGGCGUUGGUGACUCACUCCGCCAACAACAUUUCCAGAUUCAAGGGGCACUAGUUUUAUCCUCAAUUUCAGGACUUGCUACUUCAGAGACAUCAUUUCACGCAAAAGGAAACCAUGAAGUUCGUUGUGUAAAAAGGAAGAAGUUGUUGGAAGCCCUUGCAAAAGAACUCCCAACUGGCACCAUUAGGUUAUCCUCCAAGGUGGUCUGCAUUGAGGAAUCAGGCUUCUUUAAGCUGGUGCAUCUUUCUGAUGGAACCAUCCUCAAAACCAAGGUUCUGAUUGGUUGUGAUGGAGUGAACUCAGUGGUGGCAAAGUGGUUGGGCUUUAAGAAGCCUACUUUUACAGGAAGAUAUGCCAUUGUGGGCUUUACAGAGUCUAAAGACAGUCAUGGAUAUGGUACCAAAUCUAUACAGUUCUUUGAGAGUGGUGUCAGGUUUGGUUGCCGCCCUUGUGAUGACAAGACCUUAUUCUGGUAUUACACUUGGGUUCCCUCCUCUCAAGACAAAGAGUUACAAGACAAUCCAGCUACUAUGAAGCAAUUUGUGUUAAGCAAAGUUGAAAAGCUACCUGCCCAAUUGAGGGCAAUCAUUGAAAGCACUGAACCAGAUGGAUUUAUGUCAUAUAGGCUAGCAUAUAGACGUCCAUGGGAGUUAUUGUGGGGAAAUAUCAACAAAAGCAAUGUUUGUGUAGCUGGUGAUGCAUUCCACCCCAUGACACCAGACAUUGGCCAAGGUGGGGGUGCAGCUUUAGAAGAUGGUGUUGUAUUAGCUAGAUGUGUGGCUGAAGCCUUAUUGAAAGAACCAAGUGAAGAGUCUAAAGAAAAAGGUGAAGAAGACAAGGAGCAACAUGAGAGGAUUGAAAUGGGGUUGAACAAGUAUGCCAAAGAGAGAAGGUGGAGAGCAUUUGAACUAAUCACAACAUCUUAUUUUGCUGGUUUUGUACAACAAAGUGAAGGGAAGAUUAUGAGCUUCUUGAGAGAGAAGUUUUUGGCUUCAUAUCUGCGCGGGUUGCUGUUGAAGAGGGCAGAUUUUGAUUGUGGGAGGCUCAACUUUUCUGGAGCGCUAUAAUCAAAUUUAUCAUGGUAUAGUUUUAUUUGAGGAUGUAAUCACAAUAAAAUUGUUUCAAUAAUUGUAGUGAAAGGACCUUUCAAAAAUUAGUAUUUGUAAUGAAAGGAUGUUUGGUGGCACAUUACUAACCAUUAGCCAUAUUUAAAUAUUUUGUCAAGCCUUGGUUCA